AUGGGCGUUACAGGGUCUGGAAAAAGCACCUUUAUCUCUCUCCUCGCUGAUCAACCUGUUGAAGUAGGACACAGCUUGCAUUCGAGUACGGUGGACAUUAGAAUCUACAGCUUCGACGACGAGCGCGAGGGGACUAUAGUUCUCAUAGACACACCGGGGUUUGAUGACACGACGCGGUCAAAUACCGAAGUCCUCAAAGAAAUUGCAUUCUUCCUCGCGGCUCUGUAUAAACAAAACCUCUGCUUUUGCGGGAUCAUCUAUUUGCACCGAAUAACUGAUCCGAGAAUGCAGGGAUCCACGAUGAAGAACUUGCGGAUGCUCCAGCUAAUGUGUGGCAAGGAGAAUUUUAAACAUGUGGCUCUAGCCACAACUAUGUGGGAAAAUAUGAAAUCGUCCGAAAAAGGAGAACGAAUCGGCCAUCAGCGACUGAUGGAGAUGCGGCGGCCCGAUUUUUUUGGGCAGAUUCUUGGUGAAGGGAGAGACAUCAUACAGCACGACGGGUCCCCGGAGUCUGCUCGCAAAAUCGUCCGUCUGCUAACCGAACAGAACAAAAAGGUUGUGCUUGACAUCCAGUAUGAAUUGAUCGAUGAGGGGAUGUCUCUGGACGAGACUAGUGCCGGGCAAUACCUUCGCGAAGAUUUUCUCGAAGCUCAAAAAAGGUUUGACGCAGAGAUUGCGGAGUUGCAAGGAAUUAUGGAAGAUGCAAUGAAUGAGAAAGAUGAAGAGACCAUGCAAGCAAUCAGAGCCGAAAGGAAGGCUGCUGAAACAAGAAUCAUGCGGCAUGCUCAAGACUGGGAGGGUCUCAACAUUACGAUGCAGCAAUUGACUCAUGAAAAACAUCUCCAGUAUCGCGAUCUCGCCAUGAAUUUUCGUGAGCGAGAGCAAGCACGAUCUACUAAAAUGCAGGCCGCCGAGAGGCGGAUUCGCGAAUUGGAGAUUAUGCUCAACGAAAUGGAACGAGAGAGAAAAACUGAAAGCACCCGGAUCUCUCGAGAGUCUCCGCCACGCAAAUUGAAUCGCUCGAGAGAGCAGACACGUGAUCGUCAGCGCGAACGACUUGAAUUGCACAGAGAUCUAUCACAGCCCACGAUAGAGCGUCGAAUAAGACCAAGAGGGAAAAGGAGAGAAAGCCCUAUACUUAUGUUAUUAAAGGGAAUGUUCGGAGGGCUGUUCGGAUAUCCGGAAGACGAAGGGAGUCCUUGGGUGAUAAGACGCCAAACAAGCUGAAGUUCUACUAGGGGGAAUUUGGUGUAAUAACUGCACGAGCUAUCUAUUAAGUUCGUUUAUUAUAUCAUCUAACGCGCCGUUGAUGUCUCUUCAAUGGGUAUUUCUAGACUCGCGAUAAGUGCCUUGCUAGGUUGAAGUGUUGGUAGGAUAACGGCCGCAUGCUUGAUAUGCAACGUCUUCUGGGAGUGAUUACAAUACAGUUCAAUGAUCCAAACAUUUACUUUGUUCUCACUGAAAGAACUUCACAUGACUAUACAGCUGUUACUCGGUGGUGAUUUGAAAGUCUUUAGUGACGGAUGGGAUGAGUCUCUACAUCGCGGACCACAUGCUCCACAGCAGAAAUAUUUAUCAGAAUCACAGAAGCAACAAUCUAAUACGUACUUAGCA